AUUUCUCAAUUUUAGAAAUCGCGAGACAUGUGCGAAUAAAGUGCUUAAACUCUUGGGUUUUGCUGACCGUUUGAGUUACGCGGACGGCGUCAGUAUGCCAGUACCUUACGAAGUCAUGAUUGUUCUUCGGACAAUGUCCAAGCCGGGCCUUAUCGAUGCCGUAAAACGAACGAGCAAAGCAAUACUGAGUCAAGGAUUUUACCUGAGGAAAGUUGAAAAUCUUGGAACAAGACGACUGCCGGACCGCAUGAAGAAAUUGGACAUCAAGCAUACAGAAGCAAGUUAUAACCUUUUACACGUUGAUGGUUAUGAUGGAUUAGUGGACGGGCUGAAAGAUUACCUUAGACGAGAUCCGGAUAUCCUGAAGUUUCUCGUGACGACCGCCGAAAAUCCGUCGGAACAGCGAAAUUGCAGUCUUGCUGAUGAAGCUCUCCCUCCUCCUUACCGCGAAGAUGUUCAAGCUAUGAUUGAGCUUGGCGAAGAACUUAAUCUUGUAACGUGUCUUCCAUCAGCAGACAUAGUGUUAACCAUGAAUUUUGAGGCCGUGACCUACGAUAUAGAUGGUGAUCCAAUAGAACUGCGGUGUGAGACUAGAGACGAACGGUUUGUUACACAUUUUAGAUUCUUCGUUUGGAAAGGAGAAACUAUAGAAGUCGGCGAUACGGUUCUUGUAGCCGGUGAUGACGAUGAGGAUUACGUUGGGCGAAUCGACGAUGUUUUCGAUUCUGAGUCUCCUCUCGCACUGGAGAGGUAUCGGGCAAAAAUGUCAUGGUUUACGAAAUGGUUGAAAAUGCCGAAGCCGGACAAGAAGAUAAUUCUCAGAAACUUACCUGUGGAUAUUCCUGGUUUUAUUGACGAAGAACUCAUAUUUGAAGAACGUCCUUUCGAUAAUGACGUUGCCUUAUCGUCGGUACUUCAGAAAUGCGUGGUUGAGGAACUUCGACCGGAAGACAAUGCGAAAUCAGCUUUCAAAAAUGUCAGUGAAAGUGCGACGUAUUUCGUGGCCAGAUUUUCAUACGACGGCAAAGCAUUGAAAUCACUUCGAGAUGUGAACGCCGCUUGGUCCUACCGCCGAUCCAAAAAGCACGUUAUUCCCCAGUGGAUUAGCGACAUGAUUUUUUUCAAAGCGUCCCUGACUCCAUUUUCUCUCGAAAAAUUCAAGCGAAAUGUGGAGUUGUCCAACAAUCUUUUCAUGUGUCAGCGUGAAAAGUUCCAAACGUGUGGGAAAGGUGUUAUUUCGAAAACAGGCAAAAGCUGCUUGUUGGCUGGUACGAAAUUCCACGAGUCGGACAAUGUUAUGUUGUCCAACGGUGAUCGCGACGUUGAUGAAGACGAUAUCGGGAACGUGUACCUUGCAAGGAUUAGUGGAUUUGUUCGAGAAACCAACUGCAUAGUAAUCCGGUAUUUCUCGCGUCUACAUGAUUUUGACGAGUGCAAGGGACUGGACCGUAUUCAUCCGUCUUUCCUCCCUCUUCACGAGGCAGCGUUUGAAUGUGAUGAUGAAGAGUCCGAAGUUCCUGUUGGAUCUCUUCUGGGGAAGUUCGAACUGGUGAAAAUUCAAGAAAAGCAAGAUCCUCGUGUCGUAAUGAGUGAAGUUGAUUUGGGGGAGUAUCCUGUGUUCGUGACACGUUUCGCCUACGCCAAGAAAGAUGGCGAGCUUGUUGCUUAUCCGCAGAAGUCGGAAUCCAUCGCCACUCCAAAAUCCAUGAAUGUAGUCCGAUCGGAACAGCGAUCAAUGACAAAAAGUGAACGCGGUUUUGCAAGGAAACAACUCCAGAAAACGAAUUCUGAGAAUGAAAAAAUUCCCAAUUCUGUUCUGAUUGACAAUCCUCCUCAAAAUUGUUCAAAAGACCCGAAACGCAAAGAUACGAGAUCAGCUGAAGUCGAAACGCCUCAAUCUGAAAAGCGAAGCACAAGAAAGCGGUUGACUUCUAAGGAACUAGUGACGCUUUUGGAGGACUCUUUGGAAGAUGAAGACGAUGAAACCGAGUGGACGAUUUCCGAAGCACCUCACAAGACAGAUAUUAAUGGUCUAUCUUGGAAACUGAAAUUGAAAAAGAACUUUCGUGCUGACGACAAAGAAAACCUAUUUCCCGAAGAUGGACUUUCCACUGAACGUAAUGAAAGAACGAAAACAAGUCCAACUAGACCGAAACGAUCAUCCUGCAGAACCCCUUUGACUACACCGAUGAAAGAAACUCGACGAGAAGUUGAUGACGAUGAUGACUUUAUGACAACUCCGGAAGGAGCAUCAAGUAGUAAAUUGAAUUCGUCCAGCAAACAAGCAUCUUCGCUCCGUAAAAGUGCAUUAAAAGUGAAAGAUUUGUUCGGCAAUAUUAAACUUCCGGACCGCGAAGGGAAAGAUAAGUUGCCCGGGACUCCUUUGAUGAAAGCCCGUGCGUCUCUUCACGCGUCAAAAGUUCCAGAUAGUCUUCCAUGCCGUGAAAACGAAUUCAUGCAAAUCUACGUAUUUGCUGAAACACACAUUAAAAACGGCACUGGAGGGUGCAUGUAUAUUUCGGGUGUUCCCGGGACGGGUAAAACGGCUACUGUUCAAGAAGUGGUACGAGCUUUGCAAGAUGCGAGAGACGUUGGCGACAUUCCACAAUUCAAGUACAUCGAACUCAAUGGGAUGCGUAUCACGAAGCCAGAACGGACUUACACGGAGCUGUGGAGUGGUAUCUCAGACGGAGAGCGUUUGGCUCCAGUGAAUGCCUGCGAGAAAAUCCGCGAUUUUCUCGAUUCUAGAUGUGAUUUCGGAAAGGGCAAGAAAGUUAGGAGCCAAAAGAAGAAACCCAGUCCAUCUUAUUUAGUUCUCGUGGACGAGCUGGAUCAUCUUUGGACUCGCAAACAAAAUCUCUUGUAUAAUCUAUUCGAUUGGCCGAACAAGCCUGGUUCACGAUUGGUGAUACUCGCCGUUGCGAACACUAUGGACCUUCCGGAAAGGAUGAUGAUCAACAGAGUUCAGUCACGUUUGGGUUUGGAUCGGUUGGUUUUCCACGCUUACACGUUUCCAGAACUCCAAAAAAUAAUUGAAUCUCGACUGGAGGAGAACGAUUGCUUUGACCCGGACGCUAUCCAACUUGUUGCGAGGAAAGUAGCAUCUGUGUCUGGUGAUGCUCGUCGUGCACUGAAUAUUUGUCAAAAAGCUACGGAAGAAGCCGAACGGAUGAAUUCUGAGAAGCCUGUGUCUUUGUCAACUCCGAAGAAAGGUCGGAAAUCUGAGCCAAUUUCAGCUGCCCAAGUCACCAUGAACAUUAUUAACAAGAUCAUCCGGGAGACGUUUUCGGAACCGGGUGUACUUGCUGUGAGGUCUUGCAGUUUGGCGGAACAAAUAUUUUUGCGAGCCUUAUGUGCCGAAUUUGAGCAAACUGGGAAGCAGGACGCCAAGCUGAUGGACGUUUACGCACCUUAUAAAGCUUUGUGUCAUGUCGAAGCUGUUGAAUGUACCGGACCUCGUCAGUUGAUGCUUUUGUGUGAAAAUCUCGCAUCAAGUGGGAUUGUUAUCAACGAAGGAUCAGGCAAGAAAGGUAUCUAUCAAAAGGUUAUGCUCAGCGUCACGUCGGACUGUGUUCACUUUGCGCUUCAUGAUUGUCCAGAUGAUGAAGCUUAGAAACCGCAGUCACAAUUUUUCACGAGUUUUUGAUGCCUUUUCUUUUCAAUAACGGUACAGAAAGUACAUUGGGUUUGUACGCGUAUUCUGAAAUGAAAAAUCUUUUUUUGACUUUUCGUGAACGUGAUUCUACAAAUUUUGGCAGUGUUAUACUAUUUGUUGAAUCAGACUGAUUUAUGCAGAAAUAAAUAUUUUUCUGUCGAAAA